AUGGAAGCCACCACCAACCCGGUGGAGAAGAUGAAGCGUAAUGGGGCUUUAUCCGAGGGCUCCAAUGGUAUCACGCCACUGGACCUGAAUCUCUCUCUCAAUGGGACAAAGGGUUCUACCGACAAUGGGAUCUUCACCUCCCGCAAAAUCUCCCCUUCGCUUGUAGAAGACCCAAAUGUGCCCUCUCACAAGCCCAACGACGGUGCCGAGGUUGACACAAGGAUUGCCACCGCAGUACGAACAAUCCUAGAAUGUCUCGGUGAGGAUCCCAGUCGAGACGGGCUCCUUCGGACCCCUCAACGCUACGCCAAAGCCUUGAAGUUCUUCACCCAGGGCUACAAGAUUAGCCCCUUGGAUGUUGUAAACGACGCAGUUUUCGACGUUAACCACACCGAGCUCGUCUUGGUCAAAGACAUGGAGAUCUCCAGUCUAUGUGAGCACCAUCUGGUGCCGUUUAUGGGUAAAAUUCACAUCGGCUACAUUCCCCGAGGUCGAGUUAUUGGUCUAUCUAAGCUCGCGCGCAUUGCUGAAGUCUACGCUCGUCGGCUUCAGGUUCAAGAGCGGCUUACGCAGCAGGUCGCAAGGGCUGUUGAUGAGGUCCUGAGUCCGCAAGGCGUGGCGGUGGUGGUCGAAUGUGCUCAUAUGUUGUAA